AUGUUUCUGAUUGACACACUUGCUGUACACUUAGUGUUUCUGAUUGACACACUCGCUGUACACUUAGUGUUUCUGACUGGCAGACUUGCAGUACACUUAGUGUUUCUGAUUGACACACUUGCUGUACACUUAGUGUUUCUGACUGGCACACUUGCAGUACACUUAGUGUUUCUGAUUGACACACUUGCUGUACACUUAGUGUUUCUGAUUGACACACUUGCUGUACACUUAGUGUUUCUGAUUGACACACUCGCUGUACACUUAGUGUUUCUGACUGGCACACUUGCAGUACACUUAGUGUUUCUGAUUGACACACUUGCUGUACACUUAGUGUUUCUGAUUGACACACUUGCUGUACACUUAGUGUUUCUGAUUGACACACUUGUAGUACACUUAGUGUUUCUGACUGACACACUUGCUGUACACUUAAUGUUUCUGAUUGACACACUUGCUGUACACUUAGUGUUUCUGAUUGACACACUCGCUGUACACUUAGUGUUUCUGACUGGCAGACUUGCAGUACACUUAGUGUUUCUGAUUGACACACUUGCUAUACACUUAGUGUUUCUGACUGGCAGACUUGCAGUACACUUAGUGUUUCUGAUUGACACACUUGCUGUACACUUAGUGUUUCUGAUUGACACACUUGCUGUACACUUAGUGUUUCUGACUGGCAGACUUGCAGUACACUUAGUGUUUCUGAUUGACACACUUGCUGUACACUUAGUGUUUCUGAUUGACACACUUGCUGUACACUUAGUGUUUCUGACUGACACACUUGCAGUACACUUAGUGUUUCUGAUUGACACACUUGCUGUACACUUAGUGUUUCUGAUUGACACACUCGCUGUACACUUAGUGUUUCUGAUUGACACACUCGCUGUACACUUAGUGUUUCUGAUUGACACACUUGCUGUACACUUAAUGUUUCUGAUUGACACACUUGCUGUACACUUAGUGUUUCUGAUUGACACACUUGCUGUACACUUAAUGUUUCUGAUUGACACACUUGCUGUACACUUAGUGUUUCUGAUUGACACACUUGCUGUACACUUAGUGUUUCUGACUGACACACUUGCAGUACACUUAGUGUUUCUGAUUGACACACUUGCUGUACACUUAGUGUUUCUGAUUGACACACUUGCUGUACACUUAGUGUUUCUGAUUGACACACUUGUAGUACACUUAGUGUUUCUGACUGACACACUUGCUGUACACUUAGUGUUUCUGAUUGACACACUUGUAGUACACUUAGUGUUUCUGACUGACACACUUGCUGUACACUUAAUGUUUCUGAUUGACACACUUGCUGUACACUUAGUGUUUCUGAUUGACACACUUGCUGUACACUUAGUGUUUCUGAUUGACACACUUGCUGUACACUUAAUGUUUCUGACUGACACACUUGCAGUACACUUAGUGUUUCUGACUGACACACUUGCAGUACACUUAGUGUUUCUGACUGACACACUUGCAGUAUACUUAGUGUUUCUGACUGACAGACAGUUACACGUAUUUUAUUCUUAUUUAUUUUGCCCUGUUUUUCUUUUUUGUCUGCCCUUUCAUUUCCUGCAAUUCCCACUUAUGCUGACACCCACAUGUGCUGACAGCCACAUGUGCUGA